GGUGUUUUCCCGGAAGUGCGAGUCGGGCGGAAACAGAAAAACAUAAUCGCUCAUCUUUUGUAGUCGCAGACGGGCAGCAUUAAUGUCCAAACAGAUUUAGUCUGCGGCUCCUUCAUCGACGUCGCCGCGUGUGUUACAGGCUGUCGGAGCCCCGUGCGGUCCGUUAGGAGGAGUCUGAGCCCGGCCCGGUUUCCUCUCGAGCAGCGGGAAUGGCCGUUUUGACCAGCAAGGCGCUCCACGAGCAGCUGUCUAUCAUCAUGGGCGCGCUGACCAAAGCGGCGGUGGCGGAGAUCUGCGAGGUGGUGGACGAGGGCUACGCGGUGCUGCAGAUGGAGAUCACCCGGAGCCACAAGGAGAACGAGGACCUGAAGAAGAAACUGCACCUCAUUGAGUCCAUCGUGGUCCGGGGGAGCGGCGGGGGAAAGGCCGAGCUGGAGGUCGUAGUGGCCGCGCAGCAAGCGGAACUCCCGCAGCAGCAGCAGCAGCAGCAGGAGGAGGAGCACGGAGGAGACGGAGGAGCUGCGGUGGUGGUGCGGGUGGAGCUUCCUGAGGUGGUGCUGAUCAAGGAUGAAGACUCGGACAGUAAUGACACCUUUGAGGAAGAUCACCAAACCUCUGCUGAUGGAGGGACGGCUGCAGCCAGAGAGACCGUCACGUCUCCCAUCAGCCGGAGUAUGAAGAGACACUGGCCGGGAAACGAUGAGGCUGAGAAGAAGUCGUCCUCCGAGCAGGUCAUGCUGAAAACAUCCAAGCUGACCACAGGGACGCAGAAGAAGAGCGUGUCCGUCUACACUCUGGACUCUCCUCGCAGCGAGCCGGGCUGCUCCGCUCAGCUCGGCGGCAGCGAUGAGGUGGAGGCCGGCGAGUCGGUUUGUUCCUUCUCCUCACAGCUGGACCCAGACAUCCAUCUGGUCCACCAGGAUUGCUCGCUGGUUUCUCCGAACAGACAGACUUACUUUGGCGCCAGCUCUCUGAUGGAUUCUCAGUCUCCUUCAAACAGAGCAGAAAUGGAUCUCAGUCUCACGUGGACCAAACAGUCAAAAAGUCAGAUGUCUUUUGCUCAGUUUCACCAAAACGAAAACAUGGACGGUGACGCUUUCGGGCUCAAGCUGGUGAGCGUGUCGGGCUCGACCUCCACGGACUGCCAGCUGUCCGAGAGCAGCAACUCUGCGUUUGAGUACGAGGACGCCGACAUGAUGAACUUCGCCCUCUACAGGGACCAGUCGGGCCGGUCUCAGCUCUGUAACGGGCAGCCGGGCGCCGGCGCCCGAGGGAAACGCUUCAUAUGCUCCAUCUGCAGCAAGACGUACGCCACAUCUCAGAACCUUGACGUUCACAUGCGGAUCCACACGGGCGAGAGGCCGUUCAGCUGCAGCCAGUGUGGCAAGAAGUUCACCCAGUCGGCUCACCUGAAGUCGCACCUGAGCGUGCACUCCGGAGAACGGCCGUACGCCUGCACGCUCUGCUCCAGGAGCUUCAUCGUCAAAUACAGCCUCAAGUUACACAUGAAGAAAUGUCACCCAAACAUCUGAGGGGAACGAGUGUGUUUAUGUUCUGUAAAUAUCCGGUUUUAAAAAGAAGAAAUGUCACUUAAAAUUCUCAAGUACAAUUUUUUUAAAAUGGUGCAGAAAGCAAAUUGAGCCCCAAUGUUUGUUUUAAAAGAUAUUGAACAGUUCAAGUUUUAUGUUUAAACAUUAGCCCAUAGAUCAGUUAAUUUAUAUAACUUAAUAAUUUAUUAUCUUUUUAGUCUUUUACAAAAUAAUUUCCAAAUAUUUGAUGAUUCCAGCUUCUUAAAUGUGAUAAUUUGUCUUUUAACAUGACAGUAAACUGAAUAUCUUUGGUUUUGGUUUUUUGACAUUUGAAGAUGUCACCAUGACAUUUUUCUGUUUUUUUGCCUGUUUUUGUUGAUGAAACCUCAAAUUUUCCAGAUUUCUGUUGAGCUCUGUCUCUCCUGUUUAAAUUAUUGUGUAUAGAUCAAAAAUCAUUUCAUAUGAAAGGUCGAUGGUUGUGUAAAAAAGUAAAACACUAUAAAUGAAAUCCAGUUUAUGUGCCCUUCUUGUUAAUAAAACAAAUUAUCUAAU